GAGGAUAAGAGGAGGUUGGGGGAGUUCUGGGAGAGUUUGUGAACCAGUGAGGCUUUCCAUUCGAAAGUAGCUUGUCAUGUCGUCAAGAAUCGUCGUGGUGCAGCCUCGCCCACACGUAACAGACGCAGAUACUGCGGGCGAGAACAGGACAGGACCGCCAUGUCUCUGGUCUUUCCCCUUUCCUCCAAUUUCAAUGCCGUUAUCUGCUGCUCUGCCGCCGCCACCAGCAGCAGGCGCCGACGCCCUGCCGUCAUUCUCCCGGUACUUUUCCCUCUCUCGCCGGGGUUGGGGAACAACACGGGCGAUUAUGCCAAGCUGCGGCUAACUCUGCAGGAUAACUAUGGCAUCUCCACGGUGGUGGCUAACGUGUCCCGUAUCGACUGGCUUCGCAAUGCUGCCGGCUUGGUUGACCCAAAUUACUGGCGCGGCACUCUCCGCCCGCGUCCUGUCCUUGACUGGUACUUGAAGAGAGUGGAGAGGGCUGUUCAAGAGGCCAAGGAACUGGCACAAGGUGGAACUUUUUCGUUGAUCGGACAUUCAGCAGGAGGAUGGCUGGCACGUGUAUAUAUGGAGGAAUAUGGGGCAACUGAUGUAUCGCUGUUAUUGACACUUGGUACUCCUCACCAGCCACCGCCAAAAGGUGUCCCAGGGGUUAUAGACCAGACACGGGGUCUCUUAAAUUAUGUUGAAAGGAAUUGUGCAAAGGCUGUUUACACUCCCCAGCUGAAAUACGUAUGCAUUGCUGGAAGGUACAUCCAAGGGGCUCGAAUCUUUGGAGGCUCAAGUAUGAAUGUUAUGUCCGCUGUACCAGUUGAUGGGGAUCAAAUGAUCUCUGAGGUUGCAAUUGUGGAUGAUGCCAAUAAUUCGACGCCAAGUUCUCCCACUUGGCGUGCUCGCGUUGUUGGUCAAGGUUACAAGCAGGUAUGUGGGCAGGCAGAUGUGUGGGGAGAUGGAGUCGUACCCGAAGUUGCAGCUCAUUUGGAGGGUGCCUUGAACCUCAGUUUUGAGGGCGUUUACCAUUCACCAGUGGGAUCCGAUGAUGUCUCGAGACCGUGGUAUGGUUCUCCAGCAGUCUUAGAGCAAUGGGUAACUCAUCUCCUUGACUAAUCAAUUCAUGUGCAGUGAGUAAUUCUUGUUCAUGUAAUGAUGAAACGAAUUCAGGAGGAAAACAGACCAGAAAUCAGCCUUCAGAUUAUAAAAAUCGUCUCUCAUUUCGUAAU